GGCAUUGGCCACUGUUGGAAGACAGGGUACUGGACUAGAUAGACCUUUGGUCUGACCCAGUAUGGCCGUUCUUUUGCUCUGUAUUCAGGUCCUCACUAAUUAUCAAAUUAAAGGGAAAAAAUGGUGUUAAAGGCUUUAAAGUUGUACACUGCGACAUAAACAUUGGUACCAGUGGUAUUAUUGCUAUGAUACGCAAGGAGCUUCCUAUAGAUUUCAUUUGGUUAUAAUUUUGCCUUCAUACACGCGGCACUCUUUGUGGCACAGUCUGCUCACUCACAAAGAAGGGGUCUAAUUCUGAGCUCACUCACGCCAUUUUAAAUCUGAUGUGAUUCCACUAACCUCAGUAGAAUUACUCUCAGUUUACAUCAGUGCAAGUGAGAGCAAAGUCAGCUCCAGUGUGCUCAAUGGCAGAUAAAUCACAUCAACCCAGUUCUCUCUAACCUCCAUUUUUAAAGGAUGUACUAAAAUUUGAAACAGGAGCCCUAAAAUCAGAGCUUGUAUAAUUUUUAAGAACUGGUUUCCCACUGCAGUGUUCAGAAGCUGAGAAACAUAGCUGUGGAAAUGCCUGUCGAGAAAAGGCUUCUGCAGAAUUUGGCCUUUGAUGUUAUUUUGCACAGUGGAAUGGUUGUAAAGUUUUAAGACUAAGUUAUUUGAUAUUUAGGCUACUGACUACUGUGUACCAAUGAAUAUUCUCCCCUGUCAUUUAUGUAUAUCUACUUAUGAGUAAUCUAAUCUUUACAUGAUGCAGAUCCUUGAAACUUAGCCUUGGCUCCAAUCUCCAUAGAGACAAAUAGCCCCUUCAGGGUCAUAUUUUCUUCAGUAUUUUCAUUUGUUUUUAAUUAAGCUGCCGCUCUCUUGUGUUCCAAGACUGUAGAGGGAAAACAGUGUAUACCAGGACACAUCAUAGACUAGAACUUGUCAUUAUUCUUGAUUAGAUCUUUGUGCUGAGCUUCACUCCUGUACAGAGUGCUACUUUAAUGUCUAUGCAUCACUUAAGUCCCACUUAAGCGCUGUAAAUUCACUAAAGCUUAAAUGGUACAAGAACUUUCCCAGGAUUCUACUUCUUAGAGGACACUAUAACUGGAGCUAGGUGACGUCCGUACCCUAAUCGCUAGGCUUAUCGACUGCCCUCCCAUAUAUGCAAUAUGAAAAUGUGCGUCUGCUUAUUUUUUCUGGGGUGAAUGCAGAGAUUUCCACUAUGUUUAUUAAGUUCUUGCAAAGACAGAUGUCUGUGUAAGGCCUUCAGUACAGCACCCCUUGGUUAUGGUGGGAACUGUUUGGGAGAGGGUGGUUUGGGAGUCAUGAAGUCCAACGCAUGAACAUAACCUGUCUUUCUGUUUAAAUGCCUCUUAUCAGCUAAUAAGUAUUUUCUGAUUCUCACAAGAAGUUUGUUAAGUGGGUAUAGAAGAGGCUGGCUAAAACUGAAAAAAGCUGGGAAAUUUCACAUUAAGUUAAAAACUCUGAGCUAGAGUCUCCACUCCUGGUACUCUGCUGCCAUAGACAGUGAUUUGUACUACUACAACUCAGAGGAGAAUUUGGCUUGCUCUACUGAAGCAAUCCACAAGGCAAACUUGAAAAAUCCCAUUUACUUGAGGCAGGUAGAAAGCUUUCAUAGGAAAAGGGGACUAUUGCCAUUCACUAACUUCUGCCAAAAACGAGAGGAAAUUCUGCUGUUUCGAGCCUGAAGGUUCAUGAGAAAACUUUUCCAGUAUAUGAUACAUGAAGGACUUCGUGGGCGAGGUAAAAAGGCUUCCAUUUAAUGUGAUUAGAAAUAGAAGGAUUAGAAGUGUGUGAAGUGGAAGGAUUACAACAUGGUAGAAGAGGCAGGGCUAACUCAAUCCCUUCACCUCCCUAAUGGUUUGAUGUUCAAUGAGCUGACUUUUGAAAUAUGCAGUUAGUCAGAAACUGCUUGUUUUUUGAUCUCAGGGUGAUGUGUUCAUGGGAAUGUCAUGCUUCCAUACAGUUUACAGGAUUUUGAACACUCCGUAUAGACCUUCAUAGAGGAUACUAAGUUUCACUCUCUCCAUCCUACACAAGCUCCUCCCUUUCCUGACAGCGAGUGGAAAAAGUGCCUCAGAACAAGCUCUCGGACAACAUAGUUUCCAUGUCCGUCAGAGCGGUAGCCUCCAAAAUUUUCUGUAAAUUACUCAGUUGUGUCCAUGUCAUAAAUCCAGGCUUAGGGCCUGGACUGAGAUUACUAGACUCAUUUUACACAAGGCCAUUGAGUCAUCUUCAGAUAGUGAUUCAGAUCCAAGCCACGCUGUUGUCAUCAACCUAGAGAUCAUACCUCUGUGUUAGUCAUCUGAGUCAUGGAGUCCAAACACUGGUCCCCUGGACAGGCCUGAGGUUCCAAUUUUCACACAGUUUACCCAUUAUGACCCCUCCCCCACUGGUUCCUCAGGACCCACCUAUUUCAAAUAAGCUAAAUUGCUCUGACAGGUCAUUGCAUUCUCUUUAGUGACAAUCUAAUGCUCUCUUUCCAUUAGUUGGAGAACACCAGCUGACUGGCCAUAAAGUCGCGGUAAAAAUUUUAAAUAGACAGAAAAUUCGGAGUUUGGAUGUGGUUGGGAAAAUCAAGAGAGAAAUUCAAAACCUAAAACUCUUUCGGCAUCCUCAUAUUAUUAAACUAUACCAGGUCAUCAGCACGCCAACCGAUUUUUUCAUGGUAAUGGAAUAUGUAUCUGGUGGCGAAUUGUUUGAUUACAUCUGUAAGCAUGGACGUGUGGAAGAUGCAGAGGCUAGACGCCUUUUCCAGCAGAUUCUCUCCGCAGUGGAUUACUGUCACAGGCACAUGGUUGUCCACAGAGACCUGAAACCAGAGAAUGUGCUGCUGGAUGCACACAUGAAUGCCAAGAUAGCUGAUUUUGGGUUGUCGAACAUGAUGUCAGAUGGUGAAUUUCUGCGAACCAGCUGUGGCUCUCCAAACUAUGCAGCACCUGAAGUCAUCUCUGGAAGGUUGUAUGCUGGCCCUGAGGUGGAUAUCUGGAGUUGUGGCGUUAUACUCUAUGCUCUUCUCUGCGGGACGCUGCCAUUUGAUGAUGACCAUGUCCCCACGCUCUUUAAGAAGAUCCGGGGAGGUGUUUUCUACAUCCCUGAAUACCUCAACCGUUCAGUCGCCACUCUCCUUAUGCACAUGCUGCAGGUUGACCCACUCAAGCGAGCAACCAUCAAGGACAUAAGAGAACAUGAGUGGUUUAAACAUGACUUGCCUAGUUACUUGUUUCCAGAGGAUCCUUCCUACGAUGCCAAUGUCACUGAUGAUGAGGCAGUGCGGGAAGUUUGUGAGAAGUUUGAAUGCACGGAGUCGGAGGUGAUGAACAGCUUGUAUAGCGGUGACCCACAAGACCAGCUUGCAGUAGCGUACCACCUUAUUAUUGACAAUCGGAGAAUCAUGAACCAAGCCAGUGAGUUCUACCUCGCCUCUAGUCCCCCCACUGGCUCCUUUAUGGAUGACAGCACUAUGCACAUACCUCCGGGGGUGAAACCACACCCAGAACGGAUGCCUCCUUUAAUAGCAGACAGUCCCAAAGCACGGUGUCCCUUGGAUGCACUGAACACUACCAAGCCAAAACCUCUGACUGUGAAAAAAGCCAAGUGGCAUCUAGGAAUCCGCAGUCAAAGCAAACCGUAUGACAUUAUGGCUGAAGUGUACCGGGCUAUGAAACAGCUGGAUUUUGAAUGGAAGGUGGUGAAUGCCUAUCAUCUUAGAGUGCGUCGAAGGAAUCCAGUGACUGGGAAUUAUGUGAAAAUGAGUUUACAGCUUUACCAGGUUGACAAUCGCAGCUAUCUUUUGGACUUUAAAAGCAUUGAUGUGUGUUUGAAAUGGAGACAGACAGACGCUUAGCCAUACCCCAUGCUGACAGCAGAGUAACGUUCCAUCACGUCACCUACCCUGUGCCCGGGAGGUGAGCAAAAGCCAUUAGCAAUGAAGGAUGAAAGGGUUUAAGAUUAAGAUGUAAUCUUGUAAAUCACAUUGAAAGUUUAAAGUGCUAUUGCCUUAAAAUUGCCUCUAUAUGGGAUUUCCUAUGCAGUAGAGAAAUUUCCUUUAAACACAGUUCCUUUACUGGGAUGUAUGCCCUUCCUACAGGCUCAGGACAAGGGGAAUGUCGAGGCAGUAGUGUCAGAAUUACCACAGGACUGUACAUCGUUAAGAUGUUGUGCAAACAUUAACUAAUGAACGAAGCCUCACAACCGUACCUGCAAAGUAGGUAGUAAUAGAGUAUCUCAGUUUUACAGGUGAAGAAACUGCUCACAAAAGAGGCUAAGCAACUUUUCUACUAAAUCAAUAGAACACAUUGGCAGCAACCAGAUUAGUCCUCAGGUAUUUCUGACUGUCAGUUCUUAUAUUUAAUUUACUAGACAAUGCUGCCUCUGGAGAAGGAUUGAAAUAGUAGCAUUUCUAUUAAUGCAGAAUAUUAAAUGAUCCAUUCAACAGACUAACCCAGCUCAGCUGUAUAUUUCAGAAUCCUUUGACAAAUGGUAUUAAUUAUUACUACUCAUGUAGGACCGUGCACCUGGUGGCUAAAUGAUCAUGAAGCUGCUGUCCUCAGAUAUUUCAGAUUGCCAAGUUUUUGGUUAUACUUCUGCAUUUAUGAUCAUUUGGGCAAGCAGGGUAGAUAUAUAUUUAAUUAUACAGACUUGAAUUACUCCAAGUGCAAUUUUCAAGCAGUGAAUAGCUGUUUUGCAAAUGAUACAUUUAGCAGGAUGUCAGAACACUCCAGACCUUUUCUGGAUUCAAAAUUGAAGGCAGGAUCAUUAUAACAAGAUGGGUUAAUUUUUACCCCUCCCCCCACUCUUAGAUUAAAAUGUAGUCCUUCAAAAAGUUGUAAUUUAGAAGAAACAUACUAAUAUUGCAGGAAGAAGGGAAAUAAUUAUUUCUGAUACUUGCUUUUGCUUAUUUAAUGCUUCCCUUUAGUAUGCAUCUGGUUCUUCCCCAGCAAAUGUUUGGAUAAUUAUUUUAUAGGUUCUCUCAAUUUUAUCUUCCAGUUUGUCUUUUACACAGAUUUAACAUGUAUUGGUGAGUAAAACAUACCCACUACCCGCCCCCCUCUCCCUCCCCUUCCCUCACCCACACAAAAUCAUGCUUUCAAGUCUUCAUGGAGAUUGGGGUCAGAUUUGUAACUGAGCAUCUUAAAAAAAAAAAUCCCACCUCGUGUGUGUAUAUUUGUGACUGAAUAUGACUUAGUACAAAACUUUAAUACUGAUAUUAAAUGUGCACACCUUUGCCAUUGUUAAGAAUCAAAAGAACUGGUCAGCACAUCAAAGAUCCAAACGGUAAACUUGAAUUCUCUUUUCCUAUACAAUCAAGAAGUAUUCUAAUCUCAAGAAAAGUCUUGAGGCUUCUGCUGAAGCUGCCUUAACUUAUCUUUGUAACAUAAGAUUGUUCAUGCUCAUCUGUAUGUUUUUCUGAUCUUUUAAAGUGUGGGGGGGCAGAGGAGAAUUCUCUCAGAGCUGUGAAGUAGACACUGAAAAGUGGUAAUAUUUAUUCUUGUUACUGGAAACCCGUUUGUGUGUUUCAUAUCAUGUUAUACUUGUAUAACUUAUGGCUUUUUCCCUCUUUAGAGUACAAAGCAAAACUGAAAAUGACAUGACAGCUCUAGUGCUGUUAUGUUUAGACCAAUGCCCUAAGUUCUAAGUAAUUUCAUAGGUUUAAGACCUGUUAAUAUUUUAUUUUUAAGAAAAUGGGUAUUUUAUUAUUUUCGCAUUAAAAUAUUUUAGCUGCUAAUGUCAAGAGGCCUACAUAUAAAGAUUUAAAAAAAAAAUCAAGUAUGGAGUUCAGGAGACAAAUUUCUCUAGUGAGUUUAGUUUUUCUUGGCUUUUCAAAUUUCAUUAACAGAAAAGCCAGGAAAGGAAAGGAUUAAAAAAAUUGUUUAUAACUCAUGAUCAAAUUUUUUUGGGAUAAUUAUUAUGGAAGGGCACUGAUCCUAGUUUCAGUUUUGUUCUUUGUGCAUGUAAUUGUGUCUUAGAUAAUCACAAAAAUGCCUUUUACCUUCCAUGUAUGGUGUGGAAACUCUUUGUAUGCUGCACUGCAUGUGAUGCUGUCUCCAUGGUUGGCCUUUGCACUUUAAUAAACUCAGAAGAAAAUAAA